AAGGAAACAGAUCUUUUUUAGUUCCUUUGACGUUAAACAACGGCGUGUGUUAAGUCUCUUAUUGAGGGAGACUAUUUUCAAUCCAAUUUGAGUUUUUACAUCAGGGUGUAUUAACUCGGUUAAAAUGGUUCAAAAGAAGCCCAAGAAGAAGGGAGGAAAAAAAGUAGCAGCUGCUCCCUUAGCUGUAAAAAAAGUAGAAGUUAAGAAAGUUGUAAAUCCAUUGUUUGAGAAACGACCAAGAAAUUUUGGAAUUGGUCAAGAUAUUCAACCUGUUAGAGAUUUAUCAAGAUUUGUAAGAUGGCCAAAAUACAUUCGUAUUCAAAGACAGAAAGCUGUUUUACAACGACGAUUGAAAGUUCCUCCACCAAUCAAUCAGUUCACCCAAACACUUGACAAACAAACAGCUGUGCAAUUAUUUAAAUUAUUGGAAAAAUAUCGUCCAGAAACUCCAUUACAAAAGAAAAACAGACUAAAGGCACGUGCUGAAGCAAAAGUUGCAAAGAAAGUUGAUACACCUACAAAACGACCAAACACAAUCAGAGCUGGUACCAACACAGUUACAAAACUUGUUGAACAGAAAAAAGCACAACUUGUAGUAAUUGCUCAUGAUGUUGAUCCACUUGAGCUUGUAUUAUUCUUACCUGCCCUUUGCCGUAAAAUGGGUGUUCCAUAUUGUAUUGUAAAAGGAAAAGCAAGAUUAGGUCUUUUAGUGAGACGCAAAACAUGCUCAUCUAUUGCUUUGACACAGGUUGAUUCUGGUGACCGAGCUAACUUCAACAAAAUAGUUGAAGCUAUUAAAACUAACUUUAAUGAUCGUGGUGAUGAAAUCCGUCGUCACUGGGGCGGUGGUUUGUUAGGUUCUAAAUCAGCUGCACGUAUUGCGAAAUUAGAGAAGGCAAAAGCUCGUGAACUUGCACAAAAGCAAGGUUAAAUUAAAUGUAUAAUAUAAUUAUAACCUGGUUGUUUUGUAUUGUCAGGAAAUAAAGAAAAACAAAAAAAAAUUUA